AAAGCAAAGCUGCAGAGUUGAAUCAACUUCAGUCUGAACUAAAAACUUUAGUACAAGACAUUGAAUCCAUGGAAACAAAACUGCAACUUCUCGAGCAAGAAAAUGCUCUUCUUUUUCAGGAGAGAGGAAACUUGAAAGAAAAAUAUGGAGAUGCCAUUGACCUGCUAAACCAGCAGCUGUCGGAGAAAGCCAGUAUCCAGAUUCUGCUGACAGAAAAACAGAAUGAGAUUCAGUCAUUAAAGGAGAAAAUUCAGCAGGUGCAAACGGCUCAACAGGACCUCAAAGAAGACAUGAUUCAGAAGAGAAAAACAUUUUUAGAGAACAAACACACUCUGGAAACUGAGAUAGACAUAAUUGUUCUUAAGAUUAAAGACCAAAGCACAGUCAAUGAAGAAACAUGCAAGGAGUUGGAUGUCAUUACAUCAGAACUCAAGGACAAGGAGUAUACACUCACAGGAUAUAAAAAAAAUAUAUCACAGCUGGAGAAAAACAUCGCUAGACUGCAUGCAUCUAAGACGAAGUGUAAAGAAUGGCUCGAGGAGAAGAUCAAUGAGACUGCAGAACUUGAUCGACAAAAGGAUUUUCAUGAGCGAGAACUCGCUGAAUUGACAGAAGCAUUAGAAAAGGAAAUUCAGAACCUUCAUGAGCAAAUCGAAGCAAUUGAAGAUGAGAUAGAGGAGGAACAGAAAGUGAGAAAUGCUCUUUCGGAGCCUGUAACUAAACUGUCAAACAUCUUCAACACUCAGAGGAAAGAGGAAGAUGAGGCGAUUGCAGAAAAACAUAGUCUGUCUGAACGGCUACAGGAGUCUAAACUGUCACACGAGAAGCACAUUAUAUCCACUGGCAAAUGUAAAAUUGAAAUCAAAAAUAUGAAGAAAGAGGUUAAACAGCUUCAUGACACUAAUAUGUAUGCUCAGGUCUACUGUUAUCAGCUCAGUUUCACAAAACAAUGA